AUUCGGGUCACUUUCGAAACUGAUAUUUUGGAUCGAUUUAAAUUUAAACUUUUUUUCUUUAUUGAUUUUUACAUUCAUUUUGAUGUGGAAAUCGGGUAAACAAAAAUCUUGAGAGAGGCAAGAACAAGACCUUUAGAUGGUGUCACGACCCACCACACGACUCAACCAUGAGGCAUGAUCAACAUUUGAAAUCAUUGAUUAUCAUUUUUUUAAUUAUGUAUGGAUCCGCAUAUCAUAGGAGUUCGAUAACCCUAUACAUAUAUACAAUACAAGCAUUAGAUCCACCCAUAAACCCACGUUGUUGUUACUUGUUACUCCAAUCAUCCCACAAUCUUCUUCUACUCCGUUAAAAGAUGGCUUCAGGUGUGUGGCAUAUGGAGAAAAGAUCCAGUAUCAGAAAUGACUCUUUUGUCGACAGAGGAGAUUCUGAGGGUUCAUUGGAAUGUGGGUCUCUUUCUAUAAUUGUCCUUGGUGCUUCAGGGGAUCUCGCCAAGAAAAAGACUUUUCCUGCUCUGUUCAACCUCUAUCGCCAGGGAUUUCUUCCUCCAAGUGAGGUCCAUAUCUUUGGUUAUGCUAGGUCAAAGAUGACAGAUGAUGAAUUGAAAAAUCGGAUUCAUGGAUAUCUGGUUCCCUCCAAGAAUGCAACACCAGAGUUGUCUGAUGAUGUUUCUGCAUUUUUGCGCUUGAUAAAAUAUGUCAGUGGCUCUUAUGAUACAGAGGAGGGCUUUCAGUUGUUGGAUGGAGAUAUAACCAAGUAUGAGUGUGAGCAGAACAGUCAAGGAGUAUCUAGAAGACUCUUUUAUCUUGCUCUCCCUCCUUCAGUAUAUCCAUCUGUUUGCAGAAUGAUAAGUCUCUGCUGUAUGGAUAAAUCAAAAAAUGGUGGAUGGACACGGAUUGUUGUUGAGAAGCCUUUUGGGAGAGACCUGGAAUCGGCAGAGCAGCUGAGUUCACAGAUUGGAGAGUUGUUUGAUGAGUCACAAAUUUAUCGUAUUGAUCAUUAUUUGGGGAAAGAGCUGGUGCAGAAUUUGCUGGUGAUGCGGUUUGCUAAUCGCUUUUUUCUUCCCCUUUGGAAUCGGGAUAACAUUGCUAAUGUACAGAUUGUCUUUAGAGAGGAUUUCGGAACAGAGGGCCGUGGUGGAUACUUCGAUCAGUAUGGAAUAAUUCGUGACAUUAUUCAAAAUCAUCUCUUGCAGGUUCUUUGUUUAGUUGCCAUGGAGAAGCCAGUGUCACUUAAACCAGAACACAUUCGAGAUGAGAAAGUGAAGGUUCUUCAAGCAGUUGAUCGAAUUAAGGAUGAAGAUGUCGUUCUUGGGCAAUAUGAGGGCUACAGAGAUGAUCCAACUGUUCCAAACACCUCUAACACACCAACUUUUGCUACUGUGAUUUUGCGGAUACACAAUGAAAGAUGGGAAGGUGUUCCGUUUAUACUUAAGGCAGGGAAGGCAUUGAAUUCAAGAAAAGCAGAAAUCCGUAUUCAAUUCAAGGAUGUCCCUGGUGAUAUAUUCAAAUGUAAAAAACAAGGAAGAAAUGAAUUUGUGAUGCGGCUACAACCUUCAGAGGCAAUCUAUAUGAAACUUACGGUGAAACAGCCGGGGCUGGAAAUGUCAACUGUACAAAGUGAACUAGAUUUGUCAUAUAGGCAGCGUUAUCAGGGAGUUGUUAUUCCAGAGGCCUACGAACGUUUGAUUCUGGACACAAUUAGAGGUGAUCAACAGCAUUUCGUUCGAAGAGACGAGCUUAAGGCUGCCUGGGAGAUUUUCACUCCUCUUCUGCACAGAAUUGAUGACGGACAGCUGAAGUCCAUUCCAUAUAAGCCUGGAACUCGAGGCCCAACCGAGGCAGAUACCCUACUUGAAAACGCUGGCUAUAUUCAAACUCAUGGUUAUAUCUGGAUUCCUCCUACUUUAUAGGAUUGUGCAACCAAUUUGCAAUACAAAAAGAUGGUUAUACAACAAUAAUGUCAGAGCCUUAAUCCCAAAAGAUCGGGGUUGGGUAUGAAACUCUGCUGGUCAUAAAAUUUCUUGAUGGACUUGCUAUUUCCACUGUUUUGUUGUGUAUUAGAUUUGGUUUUGUAAGAUGAAUUAGACUCGGAUGCAAAAUUUAGGAAAUUCUCGGACUGAAAGAAUGUUUGGAGGAUAUUUGCAAGGCGAAUACUCGAUCUUUAAAGAAGUGUUUGUUUUAAUUUUAGUUUUUUUGUUCAAUAUAUACCUAAAGAUGUCCGUGAUAGAAAAAUCACAUCGAAAGGAGAUAUAAUAAUUAAGUACUUGCAGGUGAUUUACUACAUAUAAAUGUGUUUUAGCUUUUUGCAUCUA